GCCAGACGGCCGGUAAUUAAGAUAGAAGCAACAAGCAUUUGAAAAUAUAUAAAAAGAGAAACACAAUUAUUCGAAAGAAAUCUGAUUUUUUAAGUUAAAAUAUACAAACAGUAUAAUACUUUAGUUCUCAAUAGAAAAAAUUAUGUCUAAAGACGACAAGGAUAAGCCCCAAGUGGACAAAGAGCUCGACCUUUCAAAUGCAGGUCGUGGCGUUUGGCUAGUGAAAGUGCCUAAGUACAUUGCCAACAAAUGGGAAAAGGCCCCCUCGAACAUGGAUGUGGGCAAAUUAAGAAUCAGCAAAACUCCCGGACAAAAAGCACAAGUUUCCCUUUCACUUACUCAAGCUGUUGUGAACCUAGAUCCUGAAGAAAAAAUUCCAACCGAACACAUCCUCGAUGUGUCGGUGGUGACAAAACAGACACUUGGUGUGUUCUCCCAUGCGGUGCCCAAAGAAUCGUCUAAAGAUGAUGUUAUACCCGAAGCUGAAAAAUUGUAUAUGGAAGGAAGAAUUGUUCAGAAGCUCGAAUGCCGCCCAAUUGCUGAUAAUUGUUACAUGAAACUGAAACUUGAAUCGAUUCGAAAGGCUUCCGUGCCACAGCGUCGAGUUCAAGCAAUUGAUAAGAUUGUUCAGAACUUUAAGCCAGUCAAGGACCACAAGCACAAUAUCGAGUAUAGAGAAAGAAAGAAAGCAGAAGGUAAAAAGGCUCGUGACGAUAAAAAUGCAGUUCUUGACAUGCUGUUUAAUGCAUUUGAAAAGCAUCAAUACUAUAAUAUCAAGGAUUUGGUGAAGAUAACAAAGCAACCUAUUGGUUAUCUUAAAGAAAUACUUAAAGAAGUCUGUGAUUACAAUAUGAAAAAUCCUCACAAAAACAUGUGGGAAUUAAAGAAGGAAUAUCGCCAUUACAAAACGGAUGAGGAGAAAAAAGACGAGAAAUCACCUUCAGAUAGUGACUCAGACUAGCCAUAACAUUAAAUUUCGUGUUGAUGUCCAGUCAAGACCCCGUAGGUUUCUUGUAAAUAUAGACAAAUUAGAAUAUUGAUGUUUUUAAAUGCGAGAAAUAUUUAAUCUAUUUUAAUUUUACAAAAAAAAUACACAAGAAUUGAAAAGAAAAACCAAUUUAAACCCCAAUACAUUGUUGAUGCUUUUC